AUGUGUGAUCGCAGUCUCUACAGAUCUGGCUACGUUGGUUCUCUCUUGAAUUUGCAAUCUCCAGAUUCCUUUUAUUUUCCUAAUUUGCGGGCUAAUGGCAGUCAAUUGGCUGCUCUGCCCACCAUUUCCUACCCCCGGAGCUCGAUCCCCUGGACUUGUUCAAGCUCGUGCGCAGCCCAGCCGCAGAGCCACGCGUUCAGCGGCGCGGCACAGCCGUACCUCCCCGGCUCAGUUCCAAUCAACAUCGGCUCCAACGGCAGCAAAGAGUGCCUGGAAGACAACACUAAAUAUUACGCCCACGACGCGAGCUCCAAACCAGAGGAGAGAUGCAGGCAGAGGCAAUCUUUUGCAAAUGACCCGACUGUUACUCACGCAGCCAACUUAAAGCCCGUAAAGUAUGACCACUCGAGCCUGCAGAGAAGUUUGCAUGGUUCUGCUGCUCUUUUUGAAGUGAACUCCUGCACUUCCAGCUUAAAGGAGGACAUCAAGAAUUCCGUCAACUUGAACCUGACAGUUCAGCCCGCAGCAGUCCAGUCAUGCCUCAGACCUUCAGUGCAGGAUGGUUUGCCUUGGUGCCCCACCCAGGGGAGAUCAAGAAAGAAACGGAAACCUUACACAAAACAGCAAAUUGCUGAAUUGGAAAACGAGUUUCUCCUCAAUGAGUUUAUUAACCGACAGAAGAGGAAAGAACUAUCAAACAGACUGAAUUUAAGUGAUCAGCAAGUUAAAAUUUGGUUUCAGAACCGGCGGAUGAAAAAGAAAAGAGUAGUAAUGCGGGAGCAGGCGCUUUCUAUGUACUAG